AGAAACUGAAAAACACAACACACCCAUAGGUAACACAAAAUAAACACACACAAAACAAUAUAAAAUAAAAAAAAAAACAUUAAAAAAAAACACACACACACAUUAACACUAAAAAUGUCCCAGAAUCCUGCCUCUAUGGAAGAAGUCUUGCACGUGGUGGAGGCCAACGAGGCAUGUGAAAAAUCCGAGGUAGACACUGUUCCAGUGGUUGUGCCACCAGAAUCAACAGCUGAGCCCGAAGGGAUCUCCAAGCCAGAGGAGGCCAGCCAACCAGUUGGCGAUGAACCGCAGGAGGAGAAGCCACAGAUCGAACCUGCGGCAAUCACCGCCCAGGAGGCGACGGAGGAGGGACAGGAAGCGGGAACCACCGAACACGUAGCUAUCGAAGCAACUGAGCUUGGCAAUGAAGUGCAGCCAACGGAAGGCUCAGAUGAACUGUCGCCAGAAGAAAAGAAACUGAAGCUGAAGAAGGAGCGAAAGGAGCGUUUGAAGAAUUUCGCAACCACUCGCUUCGCACCGAUGGCAAUCGAGAGCCCAGUUCAUUUUACACCGGAACAUAUUGAAGAGAUCAGGGAUAAUGAGGAAGAGGAAGAAGAGCAUGAACAGCUAGUCAACUUUGAUGAGCCCACCAUUGGGGACGGAGUGUCUGUGUCCUCGUCAGUUCUCACCGUCGAUUCAGAAGACUAUCCAUUCCAGGCACCCAAAUUGGUCAGCCUAUUCCCCACCUAUGGCUUCACAGAUGGCCCCGUUGAUAGAAACAUAUUCCAAUCGGAUGUGAAGUAUGAGGACAUUGAUAAUUCGGUUAGUUUGACUGGCAUAAGCAUUGUGUCGACGAGAACGUUGAAAACCGAAUGCGAUCCGGAUUCAGUCCAGUUGAAAACCAACUUUCUGAGGGAUUUUGAUGUGCCGAGUCUGUCGGACAUAUCGGAGGAGCACGAUGCGUCUCCACAGUCAUUGGACGCUAGGUCGGUGAUAAGCGUCCAGGAUGAUCAUGGCUUCUUUGCGGAUCCAACGUCGAACAUGGACUCCGGUUCCAGCUCGUCGUCGGAAUCGAUUGGAGACGUGGACAAAGAGCAACAGGCUGAGGAGGCGGCUCCAGAAAGUGAGGUCGACUCUCUCGAUGUCUCCGACAUACCGGAAUUCGAUGAAAUACCAGUCGUAAAAAGGGAGGAACAAAACCAAGGUUCUCUCGAUGCAUUCAGCACAUUGUCGAAGGUUGCCUUUGCAGUUCCCGAGGUCCGAGACGAUCCAACCAUUUCGCAUGCUCUCGAGAUCAAGGCGGUAGUCCGGGAACUACUGUACGACCUUUUCGAGGAGACGGCUAGUUUAUCGGACGUCCAGAACAAGGACAAUAAAAUUCGGGCGAAAUUGGACAAGAAUAAGCUAUUGUCCGAGCUUGAUAAAGUCAUCACCACAUUUUUGUAUGAAAGGUACACCAACGAAAUGGUGGGCAAUCGACUGGUGGAAUAUUAUAAACGCAAUCGCAAUGCCCGGGUCUUCGCCCCACUCUCGCCGGAAAAUGAAAAACGAUUCCACACCCGAUACAUGCAUGCCCUGGACCAACUUGACAGUCUGAAGUAUCGACUGGAUGUGGCCAAGCACAAGCACGCCAUCCAGAUGAACAGAGUAAUCCUGGAUCUCCACUCCGCCCAGAGUGUCGCCUCGAUCACUGAGGAACGCUUGGAGCACCUGUUCCGGGAACACCUGGUCCGGUCCGACUCGGAUAAUCUGCGACGUCUAGUCGAUCGCGAACUGAGAAUGAUGACAGCCAAGCGGAACGAGAUCAGCGACUCCAGACUGUUCCUCAUCACAAGAAAGCACACCUUGGGCCGCAUAAUGGGGAAAAUCAAGGAACUGGACACACUGAGUGAGACCUUGAGCAUCGAAGAUUUCUUGGCCGUGCAAAAUAAUGUGUUUGCCCUGCAAAAGAAAAUCGAGGAACGCAAUACCGACCUGAAGAGGAUGCGAACCCAGUUCCUCAUGGACGUUCAUCUCACCCGACACAAUCGAGAAAAGGCGCUGGCUCUAGCGGAAAAUUUUGAGCUAAGUAAAAUGCGGCUGAGGAGUGCCAUCAAAAAUCAGAGAGUCCUGCGUAGACGUCUCUACGAAGUGAAAUUGGAGCGCAAGAAGAUGCGUCAGCAGUCAAAGGACAUGACCUUCCACGGCGGCAUCCUGGCGAUGCCAUCGCUGAUGUACGACUACGACAACACCGUGGAGCGAUUGAAGGAGAAGCGGGAAACGGUGGCCAAGCUCAAGGAAACCAUGAAGUCACUCCAACGUCGGCUCAGCUGUGUAGAGGGAAGAAGUAUAUAGAGUUGUAGGAAUCCACAAAUCAAUAAAACAAUAGAA